AUGAAUGGAGAAGUGAAGCUGCUGGGCACAUGGGCUAGUCCUUUCAGUCACAGAAUGAAACUAGCCCUGAAGCUAAAAGGAAUACAGUACGAGUACAUAGAACAAGGUUUGUCCAACAAGAGCCUCUUGCUUCUCAGGUCUAAUCCAGUUCAUAAGAAAAUUCCAGUUUUCUUACACAACGGGAAACCCAUUGCAGAAUCACUUGUGAUUCUUGAAUACAUCGAUGAGACCUGGCAAAAUAAUCUUUUCUUGCCUAAAGAACCCCGCCACCGAGCCAUAGCACGUUUCUGGGCUGCAUUUGUAGACCAAAAGAUCUUGCAGACAGCUCUGAAGGGUAGUGCAGCCACAGGAGAGGAGAAAGAGCAUAUCAUGGAAGAAAUUGGUGAACAACUGAGGCUGCUAGAGAACCAGCUCAAAGAAAAUGAUUUCUUUGGAGGUGAAGGUGUUGGAUACCUAGAUAUUGUGGCGUUUUCUGUAUUAUAUUUCUUUCAAAUACGUCAUGAAGUUAUGCGAAUAGAGUUGAUCAGUGAAGAGAAAUUUCCAGUUUUAUGGAAAUGGAUGGGAAAGCUGAGUGAGAUAGAUGGAAUCAAAGAAUCCCUGCCUCCAAGAGACAAACGUUUUGCUUACACUGUAGAUGCUUCAAAGUCUGCUGUCAAAUAAAGAGAUAAAAUCAAGACUAAUUUUACUAAGGCGUGCUAAUACGUACUCCAUCCACAAUCGAUGUGGGAAUGGGAAUCGAGCACCUGGCUAAAAAGCUAAAAGCCACUAGAACAAGUCAAGCCAGAAUCCUAGAAAU